AUGAGCUCCGUAACAAUGCGGCCGAGGGGCAGGCCAGCACACACCCCCGGAACGACUGUCUUAACAUAUACUCCUAAUGGAAAACACAUAAUAACUGCAGGAUCGAAUUCGGCAAUUCGCAUAUACACUGUUGGAGAUGAGGGUGAACCUAGGACGAUUGAUGAGGGUGUCGAAGCACAUUUUGGAAUUACUGCGACGGACAAUUGUUUCAUUAUUGGCGCUGAAGAUGGAACGGUCUGGCGCUACGAUCUUGAGUCCGGCAAAAUGGACAAAUUGCUUGUACGAUGCGCGCUUCCCGUUCGCGAUCUUGCGAUUUCGAGUGAUGGUCAAUGGAUUGCUGUCGCUAGCGAUGAACUCACAGUCAAAGUGGUAAACGUCGACGACAUGACAAACGUGAAAUACCUCCGCGAACAAACCAAAGGCUCAAAACACAUCUCCUUUGACCCCAGUGGCCGAUUCAUAGCCGUAUCCUGCACAGACGGUGUUUUAUACAUUUAUUCAAUUGCCUCCGACGAACCAGAAUUAGUACGCAAAAUCGACGGCGCUAUUCGACGUCUUGAACCGGAAGAUGAAGCUACCUCUCGCGUUGUAUGGCAUCCAGAUGGCACGGCGUUUGCUACCGCCCAAGCUUCUCGUGAAGUCGCCAUAUUCUCAACCUCAGACUGGAGUCCACAGAAAUCAUUCAGUAGUGUACAUAAUGGCGAUAUUACAGCGCUUGGUUGGUCGCCUAAUGGUGCUCUUCUCGCUACGGCGGCUGCGGAUGGUAAGAUCUUGCUUUGGGAGACGAGUACGCAGAAUAUUCUGAAGCGGUAUGAUUUUGCGAAUGUGAUCAAUCUUUCGUGGCAUCCUUCUAUCAAUCUGCUUUGUUUCACAACUUCGGAUGGUGAGCUUUAUAUUUACGAGAAUUUUGUGAGUACGGAAUACCAGCCUAUCCUUGAGAAACGACUUGAGUCCUUCUCUGUCCGAUCUGGUCCGUUGGGAGAGACGUCUGGUAAUGCAAGGAAGCAGAUUCCGAGCAGAUUCAAGCCUGGUGGUGCGGAUAGACCUAGAAGAGGGGGUUCACCAGAUUCCUUGGAUGAUAUUCUGGGAUCUAUGGACGAUGACGACAAUUUCGUGGAAGAUGAUGAUGGUGCUGGGUAUGCUGAAGAAAUCAAUGGGUUUGGUAAACGCACAAAUGGGCAUCUAGAUGAUCCUGAGAGUCGAGAUCGGAAACGUCUGGCGUCGUAUUGGGAACCUACUGUUCAUGAGUCGUUCCAACCGGGAAGUACCCCUUGGAAGGGCAAUCGACGUUAUCUAUGUUUGAACUUGACGGGAGUUGUUUGGACAGUCGACCAGGAGUCACACAAUACAGUCACGGUUGAGUUUUAUGACAGCGAAAUGCAUCGAAACUUUCAUUUUACGGACCCUUAUCGGUAUGACAAGGCUUGUUUGAACGAGAACGGCGCGCUGUUCACCUCGUCAUCACCUCCUGAUGACGGCCCAGCAAUGAUAUACUACCGUCCUCACGAAACAUGGACAACGCGAGGAGACUGGCGAACUCAGCUUCCUCCAGGCGAGACAGUCAAAGCUAUCGCUUUGAGUGAGUCCUACAUCGUGGUGUUGACGUCGGUCAACUAUGUUCGCAUAUACACACUAUACGGAACGCCUUUCCGGGUCUACAGACAGAAGAGUCCAGCUAUUACUUGUGCGGCAUGGAGAGAUUAUGUCAUGACCGUUGGCAAUGGGCCCGUUGGGCAUAAUGGAUUUGCCUCGUUGACAUAUUCCAUUGAAAACGUCAAACGAGAUGAGAUUUGUCAAAAUGAGGAUAUCGUGGCAAUAACGGAAGGCGAACAGUUGAAGAAUGUUUUCUUCUCUGAUAACGGGGACCCCUGUAUCUAUGACUCCGAAGGUGUCUUGUUGAUCCUACAACAUUGGCGAACACCAGGACAAGCUCGAUGGGUCCCCCUCCUCGAUACGAAGCUACUUGACCGGUUAUCCAAAGGCCGCAAAGAAGAAACAUACUGGCCAGUCGCUGUCGCACAAAACAAAUUCCAUUGUAUCAUUCUCAAGGGAGGCGAGACUCACCCUUACUUCCCACGACCAUUACUCAGCGAAUUCGACUUCAAGAUCCCCGUCUCCACAAAACCCUCCAAAACCAACGAAGACGACGACUCAGAAACCGUCCGCAACGACGCCGCCCGCUUUGAAGAAGGAUUCGUCCGCGAAACUCUAUUUUAUAGUCUCUUCCAAGACCUUAUCUCCACUACAAACGCAACCCGCAACCAACGCGCUGAACUCGCUAGAAGGGAAGUCGAAAUUGACAAAAUACUACUCCAAAUGAUUGCCGUUGAAUGCCGAGAAGGCGAAGAUCGUGGUAUGAAGGCACUUGAAUUAGUGGGCAUGUUGCAAGAUCGUAGUGGUAAGAUGAUUGAGGCCGCGGUCAAGAUUGCGCAGAGAUAUAAUCGGUCGAUUUUGGAGGAUAAGAUUAGGAAUUUGGGAGAGAGGAGGCUUAUGGGGAUGGAGGAGGAGGAUGAUGAGCUUGCUUAGCUGUACCCUUUGGCAUUUAAUGUUAGUUGUUAUGAGUAUGAUAGUAUGACUGUACAUUUUUUC